UUAUGAUGGAAAUACCACGGAAGUAGGCUGAUGUAUCUCAAGUCACCAAGUGCACUACAAGACAAUGGACAAGGACCUCUCUCGGGAUACUGUAAGGAUAUUCAGCCUUCGCGCGACUACUAUAGUAUCACUGACCACGGUAGGGGGACCAUGACGAACCAGAGAACAAUUCAGAUGAUCACCACCAAAUCGAGGUAUUAUCUCUCCUGUAUCUCCCAAGAUUGAAAACCUACUUCUGGC